AUGUCCCCUAUAGAGGUUUAUCUUAUUUUUAAGCCGAUAGGCUUUUUGUAUGGGGGUUUGCUUGCCGGGAAAGUGUCAGCCAUCCGGAAAAAAGAAUCGGAAAGAAAAGCAGUUGAAAACAAGGCAAUGACAUUUAUUUCACCGGGCAUAAAUUGGGCAAUGGAAGAAGGUGAUUUCUUUGCCCUGUUUACGUUUGCUGAAUCAAAGGAGAAAAGGACGGAAGCUCUGAAGAUUUGUUUCAAGUUUGCAGACAAUGAAAAUGACAAUGCCCGAUAUAAGGUUGUUUUGUCUGAUGCCACGCACAUGCAAUUGGCGAUCCUCCCACCUAAGUAUAGUGGUUUGCUACUUUCAGAGACAUUAAAGAUUGGCACUAUCCUAUCAUUGACAGCUUAUGCUUCUAGAAAUGUUUGGAACUCGAGGACUAUAAUAAUAUUUAGCCUUGCUGUCAAAUUUACCAAUUCUCCAUUGCUUGGGAAACCUAGAUAUCUGUUUAAAGAGAAAGAACAACAAAUGUUGGGUCGAGACACACCUGCCACAACUAAACAAUCCCUUAAAUUUGGAAUUCACCUUCCACCUAUGCAGCAUGAAUCUUCUAUUAAUAUUAGCCCGAUUAAAGCCUUGAACCCCUUUCAAAAUAAAUGGACGAUAAAGGGUCAUGUGACAAACAAGAGGAAGAUGCAUCAGUACAGUACACCAAAGUGCAUUGGCCAAGUAUUUAGCUUUGACAUGAUAGAUGAUGAAAGUACUGAAAUUAGAAUAACUUGCUUUGUCGAUGUAGCAGAAAUGCAUUAUCAUAGGGUUUGCGUUAAAGAAGCUAACACUAAAUGGAAUAAGCUUAACAACCAUCUUGAGAUAACUUUGGACAACAAUUCAAUAUUGAAGUGUUGUGAUGCUAUUGUUGAAAGUGAAGCAAAUAAUUCUCAAUUCACACCAAUCAAUGAAAUUACAUACUCCACCAACAACACUUUAGUUGAUGUUAUUGGUAUAGUAGUUGCUGUUGGAGAACCCUCAUUAAUUCGCAGGAAGGAUGGAAGGGAAGUAACAAAGAGAACUGUAAAAAUAAAUGAUGCCUCAACUUUUACUAUCGAUGUUAACUUAUGGGGAGCAACAUGGCAAGGGCUAGGUGAAGAUUUGAAGAACAUGCACACAACCCAAACAGCUGUUGUCCUUGCAGUCAGAAAUGCUCGUGUUGGUUAUUUCAAUGGAAAGGUGAUCAACACAACCACAACAACAACUCUAAAUAUAAACCCUUCUAUACCUGAAACAGAGACACUAAUGUCAAGAGUAAAGAUUCCAGAUGCCCUUUUACUGCUAUUGUGUGUUGCUGGACAGCUUAACUCACAAUACAGUAGGAUGACAAUCACAGUUGUUUUAGAGCGUACCAGUGUUCUCUCUGAAACAGUUGAAAGUACUAUUAGGGUUGUUGUGAGAAUCAUUAAAACUAAUUCUUUUUGCUAUCCAGCCUGCCCUUUGAAAUUUAAUGGAAAAGAAUGUAAAAAGAAAUGCGCCCAGCAAAAUGAUAAUCAAUGGUUUUGUUCAAGAUGUCAAACUGAUGUGCCAGAAUGCAAUUACAAAUACUUAUUGCAGAUGAAGCUCCAAGAUCAUACAGGCGCUCUUUGGGCUACUGCCUUUGAUGAGGUUGGCAUAGAUAUACUGCAAAUAUCUGCCAAGGAGCUUUACAUGCUGCAAUACGAUUUGACUACACAAAAAACACCUCAGUCCAUUAUCAAGCGUGUGCUUUUGUCUUCCUUUGUUUUCACACUCUCUAUUAAAUAG